AUGCAACCUGCGGACAAGUCGACUCAAUCAAAAAUUGAUUUAAUCCUACCUAGAGAGAAAACCCAAGAUGAAAUCAAGCUCGAACAGAGUGGAGAUAUUGAUGCUCUUCAACGGUAUCGGUGGAACGUGGUUCAUAAAACACAGUAUCGCUACUCUGAUCGAGCGUUUGAGCUUCUCCGGAUAGAAGAAGACCUUCGAAGUACUGUCCAGGAAGAGCAACUCCUCGCCAAGAAGCCCGAGACGAGGUGCAGCUGGCCAAUCUAUAGGAAUGAUAUACAGGCUGAGCUUCAGGCUUUAAACAAGAGAUAUUGGUUGCUGGAACGACAGUGGUGGAAAGUCCGAAACUCAUUCGUGGAGGGACCGCUAAUACGAGCAUUUGACCUAUGGCGAACACAUCCUCUGUGGUAUAUGCACGGAGUUUUGGUCGAGGAUUGCAUGAGGAGGGGAGGGUGCUGUAGCCGUACCUGCGGAUGUUGCGUUGAUCGUAAGAUUGACAAGACACGACAGCUUGGAGCUGGACAUUGUACGGUGAUGAAAUUCCGUACGGAUUUUCAUACCGUGAAUGACGGUAGCCUUUACCGCCUGAGGAUCAAUCGGGUUUCAAUAUGGGGAUUAUCUCUUGAUAGUCACGACAGCCCUUUUGAUAUGAUUGCAAUGCCCCCAGGAUGUGAGAAGAUUGUUUUAGAAGAACAGAUGGCAAAAGGCAAGACUGAACAAGUCGAUGAAGCGUUUAUUCUUAUUGACGAAGAGGAGAAGGAGGAAGUUGGAGCGUCAGGCUACUAG